CCGCGACCUCUUCGAGGAGAAAAGAAAAGAAAAACAUCUUGCAUUGUAUGUUGCGGAAUUGGUUGGUUAUUUCAUGCAGAAUUUGGGGCGCCUGUAGCCUUUCCCUUUGACCCAUCCGUUUUUCACUGUAUGUUUUUCCUUCUUGCUCCAGCCUGCAGGUUCAUCCCCUUUAUCAGUAUUAGUUUUUUUUUUUUUUUUUUCCGAGCCAGCCUGCUGAGAUUGCGAACGGUUUUGUGGGUUGGUGAUUCAUGUUCGUCUUCGCCUUCUUCCCCCUCGCACAUUGAACUACCAAGCGUUUAGACUUGAGGAUGCCCGUGGACCAUGACUCGGCU